AUGCUGUCUGUGUCUUUAUCGCUCCUGAUCAACAAGAGGCUUUUGAAAAGUGGAUUCGACGAGGAGCAGAUCGCAAGAAAAAACCUCGACUUCCUGCACGCGGAGCCUCCGCCUGGCCUCGGCAGAUACACGGCGGCCUGCAUCAUGGAGUCUCCUACGAUGGCGAUCCCGAGGAGGGCCACUUCGGACAUGGCGAGAAGGUUAGUCCUGGACUGUGAGCACUCCAAUGCGUCCGACGAGCUGGACCAGAUAUUUCCUGUGCUGGAAAAUGGAGCUAACGGCAUCCGGAUUUGCCACGGAUUCACCACUGGCAAGCGGCUGCAGCGGGCGCUCGACCUGGCGGAGGAAGUCGGUGAACUUGGAUUCGAACGAGAGCCUGACAGGUGGAUCGACUACCUGGCCUACACGAUCCCCGACAGAACUCCCGCCACGAAGUUCUACUCCCUCUUCUCGAAGCUUCGGGCCGAGGUUGUCUGCGUGGUCGACGACAGGGGUGAUUUUCAGGGCAUGAUCACGCGCAGCCAAGUGAUCAAGUAUGCGAAGAUCGCGGAG